AUGGCGGCUUUCGGGGCGCUGCGGCGAGCGUGGAUCGCGGCGGGGGGGCUUCACCCUCAGGUUCACAGGACCUCUGUGCCCCUGAGGUGGUCCCAGGCCAGAACCUCUUUUGUUCCUCGGUUGAAGAGUUUUCCUGUCGCGCCUUGGAGACUCACAAUCCGGAGUCAGAGCACCGCAGCCGUGGCAGGCAUCCAGGUUGCGCAAGGUGUGUCCACCCCACCUCUGGAGGAAAUCCUCCCUCUGGAGGAACUUGGUCAAGUAGUUUUGCAAGAACCGACAUUCGCCGAACUGGGCCUGGAAAGCUACACCCCGGUGGGCUUUAUCCUGAAGCUUUUGGAAUCGUUCCACCUGGACCUGGGGCUGCCUUGGUGGGGAGCCAUUGUGGCAGGCACGGUAUGUAUACGCUGCCUGGUCUUCCCACUCAUUGUAAAGAGCCAGCGAGACGCAAUCGAAUUAAACAACCACGUACCCCAAAUGACUGCAUUGACUGCCAGAAUCAGCGAAGCCAAGAAGACUGGCAACAGACAACAGUUUUCGCAGGCCGUCAUGGAUCUGGAACACUACCAGAAGACCCAUAAUAUUAACCCCCUGCGAGGAUUAAUCACGCCUCUUGUCCAGGCUCCCAUUUUCAUCUCGUUCUUCUUUGCCCUGCGCAAAAUGGCGGAGUGUCCUGUGCCCGGCAUGCAGACGGGGGGACUCUGGUGGUUCACGGACCUCGCAGCCCCGGAUCCUUACUACAUACUUCCCGUGAUGGUAUCUGUCACCAUGUGGAUUGUUACGGAGACUGGGAUGCAAUCAGGACCUCCACACCCAAACCUGGAGCUAAUGAAAAAGGUUUUCCGAGUGAUGCCCGUGGUCUUCCUUCCGUUCAUAAUUUCCUUUCCAACGGAGUGGAUAUAA